AUGCCUCCUCUCCGCGCCCGCCGGUCGCUUCGUGGUCGUCGCGUCCUGUCAAACACCCCGUCUGACCAAAUGGACGUAGAAAUGGGGGAUGCCCACGACGACGUUUUUGGUGGUUUCUCGCCUUCGGUCGCGCCUUCGGUCGCGUCUUCCGUCCAAGGCCAAGUUUUCGGCAACCUUUCCGACUCCGACGACGACAAAGAAAAUGAGUUGCAGCUUGCCCGGUUCGCCUUUUUGGUUUGGCUUGACGCCUUCUCCUCCUCCCGGCUUCUUCUUCCGCCUGACGCGACCGGCACUCCUGCCAAACGACAUCGGCCACCGCGCGUGGCAUAUCGCUCUUCAGACGUUUGUGGCAGGGCUCCGCCAGGUGGCGGAGAUGGACCUUGGUCUUGCGGCGCCUUUUCCACUUCGAAGUUUGGGAAUCAGACUUGCUUGCGAAUCUCGUCACGGCCCAUCGCCGCGGCUCACCUUGGACGACAACAACAAUGCAUUAUACCCCUGAGGAGGGAAAAACGACAUGUUCGGCAACCCGACGCCGAUGCCGACUGCCAAGCGGCCGCAGAGCGCCCCCAGGCGUUCCCCGGGCCUUGCAAAUGGAUUGUUUCUUGCUCAAUAUCAUCUCUUUACACCUACUUCGCGUACCAUCCCCCUGUCUCAGAGUCGCCCGAGUGCUUGCUAGGGCAUUACUACUACUCUCUGUCGGGUUCCUCCCCCGGUCCUGCCGAGUCGCCCCGAGGAUCAGAGGCUCGGGAGGAGCCCCGUCCACAGGUGCGGCUGGAUAGCGCCGUGUCGAGUCCCUCAGCCAAUGCUACCGAUGCAUACCGUCCCAGCCCCGUACAAUUCCAGCGGCUCGUUACCCCGGCCUCGGUUCGCAGUGCCUCCAGCAGAGGCUCUCGAAUCGAGGUCGCCAUCCCUCAGAUCGACAUCGAUAAGGACAGCUAUGCCGUCAUCGAAAUUCCUGACUCGGAAGACGAGCAGGAGCAACGGGCCGCAGCGGUCAAGGCUACUAGUAUCCGGUUCGAGUUGUUCACAAACCACCGGUCGUUUGGCGGCCUGCACGAUCUGGCCUCUGCCCUCUCCGCAAUGAGUCCGCAUGGUCUCGCCCAGGCGAUUCGACGCUGUUUUUUUGGGCAGGCCCCGCCGGCGUUUGGGCAAGGUCAACAAAGCAUUCUCGCCGGCAUGGCCCAAUUUUGUUCUGCUCAGGAGAAAUCCUUCGCCGACAAGCUGGCACAAAUCGAGCGUCGCCUUGCCAACGUCAACGCUCACACUGCGCCUCAGCCUGAGACGCCACGUCGCCCUGCUCCCGCCAUGCCUGCCAGGCUUCCCAGUGCCGAGGGCAAUGCUGCCCGCGCCGAGACGCCGAGCACCAGGCGCAAUGGUGCCGCCCCGAAGCGCACCCUCGACGGCGAGGAGAAGGAUGCCCGCACUCCGGCAAACAAGAGACCUGAGAAUCGCCAGAUUUGGGGAUCUCGUCGCGGUGCUGCCCCCGCUGGUGGCCGUCUGCAGCUGCCUCCUGACCAGCCUUGA